AUGCGUAACCAUGACACCCUACAACACAAUGUUUUGGUUGCUGUGGGGAUGCCUAGAACAUCAGAUAUGUUGUAUCGGGAUGCCCUCCCUCAGUUUUCGUACCAACAGAAUGGCAGCACCAGUGGAAGCCACCAAUUCCAUACCGAAACCUGGAAAAUGCCUAAAUUUCCUACUAGAGCAGCGGUUCCUCCAGAGAGUACCCCAGGAGAUACUCAACCUCUUUCACAGUCUGCUUAUGCAAACGUUUUGAAACAACAAACCCGAGAAGUCGAACUCCCUCCGCCCCGCCCCCGAGGCGAGCCAGAUAUUGAUCCUGGGGUCACACAGAACACCGUUACUGAGGGGGAUACAGGACAUUUGGACUUACUGGUUGAUUUGGAUGAUACUACACUUGCUAUCGACGAAGAUGACACCGUCUCCGGAAGCGGCGAUGAAGCUUCGUCUCCUGUUACUUAUCGGCCAUUCCCUGAAUCUCAGCGCUUCGCCCCUAAAACCCCACACAGUCAACAUGUCAUGACGUUGACAGAUGCCACCGCCAUCACCCCGGCGCUGUCACGUAAUCCGUUUACACAGGGUACUAAGACACCUGGCUCAGUGAUGGCGCUGAGUCAGUUAUUCAAUGCCACGCAAGAUCCAUCCUCUCCAGUGCCAAAUUUACCUCGUCUUGAGUUGUCUUCGGAUAUGCCGUCCCCGCAUCUUCCAAUUCAAAGUCGACAAACUACCACCACUACACUGUUUUCACCACUUUUAGCCACGUCUUCAAUCAACCCAAGGUUUGUCGAGCCGCAGACAAAUUAUGUGUCUAUGCAAGAGUCUCAAGAUGUGCGUAAAAAUGCCGCUGGGCAGCAAAGCUCACCCUCUACAUCAAACCACCCAUCCGAUGGGUUUUCUGAUGAUGAUUUCAUGUCGAACGAGCAACGUCGAAUUCGCCAAAACGAUACCGAAAUCCAUCUCAGAAAACAGCUUGAAUAUGCUACAAUCUCAGAAAGGGGGUUUUCGCGAAAGCUCCCUCAAAAAUCACACCCUCUUCCAUUAUCAACUACCCCUCUUGCUAUCAACAAAACCAAACCUGCUUUAAGUGCUGAUAAUAUGUCAGUUGUUAUGAGAUCAUGCUUGGAUGCACAACAAGAGAGUGAAUUUGAAACAGAUCAGGAGGAUGAGAAUGCUAUAUCUAAACCACUUAGCACGCAUGUAUCUCAUGGUGAUGUUGACGAUGAUAAGGAAAAUGUGGAUAACACCCACAUACAUGAUCCCAAUGCAACUACUCUCCCUUAUGAGCGAUCAUCUCAAGCUCUUCCAGAGCUUAAAGCCGAUUCAUCAGAAAACCAAGCUAUUCAAUUCGCUACCCAAAAAUCCCAACCAUUGGUUUCCCCGACACUGUUAACUCUCGCAAGUGCAAGCGAGGAUCCAUUAAGUGAAAGAGUUCUUAACUCACAACCAUCUAUUGAGGAUAUAAAUAGCCCUCUACACAAAUCCGUCUCCAUUUCCAAUGGAACCCUUGGCUGCUUUUCACCGCCACAAAAGCCCAUAUGCCGGCCACUUGAGCUCCUUGACAGUCUUCGUCCUGAAUUUAAGCCUGGACCAAUAGCUCCUAUCCAUCCAUCAGAUCCGGGCUUACAUACCAUGCCCGACAAUACAGCAAAUGCUCUCCACUGCACUAACUCAGAUUCCAUGCGAAGAGGUUGUACGCAAAUCCCAAAACAGCACUUUUCUAGUUCGAAUGAUCAAGUUCUGCGGCUCAAUAAUUUAAAGGAUCCCCAAUCACAGAAUACACCCCAAGAACCAAAUAGCGCUCGAAUCGCAACCCCUAUGGCAUCUCUUGUCUUUGAGACACCUACAGCAAAAUCCAGCAAAGUAAAAAACCCGCCGAAUACUAUACCAGAGACAAGCCCAAACGAUCAACACAUUCCGUGUUCAACCCCUUUUCAGAAUCGUCCUAAAUCGGAAGGCCACCGGUCUUCUCCUGAGAGCGAAAAUUGUCUGCCCAUAAUGCCGCAUUACUAUUCCCAAAACGGUAGGCGAAGGAAGGGUGUAGAUUGGCCUCAGAAGGAUAUUUCGCAUCAAUUUCUUUCCGUACUCUCUAGUCCAAGUGGUCGGCAGCGCAGAAGUAUGACUGAUAUCGCUUCUGACAAAUCACCCCAGAAAACGGCCCCUGAUAUUGUAUUUGAGGAUAUCAAUCCGAUGACAGAAGAUGAUGAAAAUUUCCAAGCGACAAUCAUGAAUGCGGAAAAUAAGGUGAUGAAAAGAAGAAAAGCCAAUAGCGGGCGAGGAGUUCCUGUUAGUUCUAGGAUAGCUAUACCUCGAUUUUCGCGUCAUAUCGCUAUCGAGCCAGCACCUUUUCCUACAAAACCACACUAUCAUUUUCCACCAGACAGUGCAUUUCAGCUUCCGUUGAAUACUUCUGGCCUCGAUUCCACCACAAAGAGCAUAUGGGAUGUUGCUAUUUCACCAGAACGAAAAACCCCUGGUUCCGAACGCCAUGCAAAACGUCAAACUGCUGUAAGGGGACCAGCCGUUGCUAAACCGUCAAAUAAGAAGAAAGCAUAUUCAGUUGCUCAUGCCGUUGUUAUUCAUCAUAAGUCAAGCUCAUCCCCGUGCUCAGCCGAUAAAUCUACGUCAGAUUUUCCUACGGUGAACAGCUCGCCAAUCGCUCAAUGUGUGGCCCAGAACGAGAGUAUCAAACACUAUAGGCUCGAUUUCCGUAAUCAGGUGUUUGCCUUUUACAAUGGACAACCACAUGGAUAUUACCCAGCCACUUGUAUCGGAGUGUCGAAUGACAUUGAUCGCGAACGUUAUCUUGUACUAUUCGAAGACUCAGAAACGCCCGACAAAUUGGAAGCCAGCAGUGUCAAAAAACUGGAAUUGUUCGUUAAUGAUACUGUGAAAGUCUUUUCUCCGGGUAUACCGAAAAUACCAUAUCGAGUUGUAGGGCUGGUCGAUAAGCUUGACACGGGCACACCUCAAGAAUCGACUAGGCUCACUGAUAUAUAUGGUCAUUCAUCUGUGGUUUUAAUUCCAAAGCAGGAACGCCGUUCAGGGAGCGAAGACACCAUCACUGUUCCAAUCUCUCAUGUUUAUUUAGACAAAAACUUAUGGUCUCGGCUUGGCAAGCGGCCAUAUACGUUUAAUGCCUCCCAGGAAGACAAUCAAGCCCUCAGAUCCGAAACUCCUAUCAAUGGUAUGCUAGCUGCUAUUGGCCCCACAUUAUUUCGUACUCCGAAAAAAGAGGUAUUAGCUUCUGGAAUCUUUAAUGGCAUGGCAUUCGCAAUUUCAUACACUCAUGAUGGCAGGGAGCUAGCCCGCUUGGAACAGGUGAUAUUUACGAAUGGAGGCCAGAUAUUGAAGGGGGGGUUUGAUGAGCUUUUUGAAUUGCCCUCUCAUUCUACAGAUAGAGAAACUGGGUAUGCCUUGCGACUUACGCCCCGGGCUGAGCAAUUUGGAUUUGUUUGUCUGAUCACAGACAAUUAUUCUCGACGUCCAAAAUAUAUGCAGGCACUCGCCCUCAGUCUUCCUUGCCUCGCUGGCCGGUGGGUUGAUCAUUGUGUCAAAAAGGGGGAAAUUGUCAACUGGCAACCUUACCUACUUGCUGCCGGUCCCUCAAUGGUGCUUCAAGCCGCCGUGAAGUCAAGGGUUAUACCGUAUUAUGCGGCUGCUACCGCCCGAUUAUCUCGCACCAUAUCGGAAAGACGCAAGCCUUUUGCUGGUCAGACCGUUUAUUUGGUAAUGAGUCGUGGGAAUGUGACGGAACAGAAAAGAGCUUAUUCUUUUUUCACGUAUGCCUUGGGCCCUGAUGCAAUUCAUCAUGUGCAAGAUAUUCAAGCAGUCAUUGAUCAAUUGAAGCGAAGCGGCGAAACUUCGCAAAACACCAAGCAUGGUACGUCGGCAAGCCCUGUUUGGAUAUACAUUGGGGAUGGAGAAGCAGUAAAUGCGUCGCGGAAGCUUUUAACGUCCUCGUUCAAGCCUCUUAUUCCCAAAAUUGGAAGCUUUCAGCGUCGCGGCCGUCCUCCAAAAAAACGAAGGAUAAACUUGGCUAUAGAUGAUGAAGAGGCUGUUCACGAUAUGGACGAAUAUCAAGUUAACGGAAAGAAAGUGAGAAUUUUGGAUAAUGAGUAUAUAUGUCAGGUUUUGAUUUUUGGGGAUUUAUUUGAUGGGUGGCCGGCUAUACGACAGGAGGCUUCCUGA